UGGACAUCUGGGCAGGAGAGGUCUCUGGGUCAGCGGCUGGAGAGCCGCCCCAGUGAGUCGGUGUCUAACUGGAAAUUCAGUGGGCCCAUUUACUGCAGAGCCACAGCUGGUGAGGGCAGACGCCAGCCUAACAGCAGCUUCUCAACUAGAGCUCAGUAAACCCGAGAGAUCCGUGGAGAAAGAGAAGCCCAGGAGGAGGAAAGGGCUCCAAGGAGCCCUGCUCCUGAAGGUUCCCUCAGGCACUGGUGGAGACCUGUCGCUUCGUAGCAAAAUUUUUUGCAGGUACAAAUUGGAAAUGUUGGCUUCACCAGAACCUAAGGGCCUUGUUCCCUUCACUAAAGAGUCUUUUGAACUUAUAAAACAGCAUAUUGCUAAAACACAUAAUGAGGAACAUGAAGAAGAUUUAAAGCCAAAUCCUGACUUGGAAGUUGGCAAAGAGCUACCAUUUAUUUAUGGAAACCUUUCUCAAGGAAUGGUGUCAGAGCCCUUGGAAGACGUGGACCCAUACUACUACAAGAAAAAAAAUACUUUCAUAGUAUUAAAUAAAAAUAGAACAAUCUUCAGAUUCAAUGCGGCUUCCAUCUUGUGUACAUUGUCUCCUUUCAAUUGUAUCAGAGGAACAACUAUCAAGGUUUUGGCACAUCCCUUUUUCCGACUGUUUAUUCUAAUUAGUGUCCUGCUUGAUUGCAUAUUCAUGUCCCUGACUAAUUUGCCAAAAUGGAUACCAGUAUUAGAGAAUACUUUGCUUGGAAUUUACACAUUUGAAAUACUUGUAAAACUCUUUGCAAGAGGUGUCUGGGCAGGAUCUUUUUCCUUCCUUGGUGAUCCAUGGAACUGGCUUGAUUUCAGUGUAACUAUGUUUGAGGUUGUUAUAAGAUACUCACCUCUAAACUUCAUUCCAAUGCUUCAAACUGCAAGAACUUUGAGAAUUUUAAAAAUUAUUCCUUUAAAUCAAGGUCUGAAGUCCCUUGCAGGGGUCCUGACCCACUGCUUGAAGAAGCUUAUUGGUGUCAUUAUCCUCACUCUGUUUUUUCUGAGCGUAUUUUCUCUAAUUGGGAUGGGGCUCUUCAUGGGCAAACUGAAACAUAAAUGUUUUCGAUGGCCCCAAGAGAAUGAAAAUGAAACCCUGCACAACAAAACUGGAAACCCAUAUUACAUUCGAGAAACAGAAAACUUUUAUUAUUUGGAAGGAGAAAGAUAUGCUCUCCUUUGUGGCAACAGGACAGAUGCUGGUCAGUGUCCUGAAGGAUAUGUGUGUGUAAAAGCUGGCAUAAAUCCUGAUCAAGGCUUCACAAAUUUUGACAGUUUUGGCUGGGCCUUAUUUGCCCUAUUUCGGUUAAUGGCUCAGGAUUACCCUGAAGUACUUUAUCACCAGAUACUUUAUGCGUCUGGGAAAGUCUACAUGAUAUUUUUUGUUGUGGUAAGUUUUUGGUUUUCCUUUUAUAUGGCAAGUUUGUUCUUAGGCAUACUUGCCACGGCCUAUGAAGAAGAAAAGCAGAGAGUUGGUAAAACAUCUAAGAAGAUUGAACCAAAAUUUCAACAGACUGGAAAAGAACUUCAAGAAGGAAAUGAAACAGAUGAGGCCAAGACCAUACAAAUAGAAAUGAAGAAAAGGUCACCAACUUCCACAGACACAUCACUGGAUGUGUUGGAAGAUGCUACUCUCAGACAUAAGGAAGAACUUGAAAAAUCCAAGAAGGUAUGCCCAUUAUAUUGGUAUAAGUUUGCGACAACUUUCUUGAUAUGGAAUUGUUCUCCCUUUUGGUCAAAAUUGAAAGAAUUUGUCCAUAGGAUUGUAAUGGCACCAUUUACUGAUCUUUUCCUUAUCAUAUGCAUAAUUUUAAACAUAUGUUUUCUGGCCUUGGAGCAUUAUCCAAUGAGUAAAUCAACUAACAAUCUUCUCAACAUUGGAAACCUGGUUUUCAUUGGAAUUUUCACAGCAGAAAUGAUUUUUAAAAUAAUUGCAAUGCAUCCAUAUGGGUAUUUCCAAGUAGGUUGGAACAUUUUUGAUAGUGUAAUAGUGUUCCAUGGUUUAACAGAACUUUGUCUAGCAAAUGUUGAAGGAAUGGUUCUUCUUCGAUUAUUCAGGAUGUUGAGAAUUUUCAAGUUGGGGAAGUAUUGGCCAACAUUCCAGAUUUUGAUGCAGUCUCUUAGUAGCGCAUGGGUGGCCCUGAGAGACUUGGUCCUGUUGUUGUUCACAUUCAUCUUCUUUUCUGCUGCAUUCGGCAUGAGGCUGUUUGGUCAGAAUUAUGAAGAAUUUGUUUGCCACAUAGACAAAAACUGUCAACUCCCACGCUGGCACAUGCAUGACUUUUUCCACUCCUACCUGAACGUGUUCCGAAUUCUCUGUGGAGAGUGGGUAGAGACCUUGUGGGACUGUAUGGAGGUUGCAGGCCAAUCCUGGUGUAUUCCUUUUUACCUGAUGGUCAUUUUAAUUGGAAAUUUACUGGUACUUUACCUGUUUCUGGCAUUGGUGAGCUCAUUUAGUUCAUGCAAGGAUGUAACAGCUGAAGAGAAUAAUGAAGCAAAAAAUCUCCAGCUUGCAGUGGCAAGGAUUAAAAAAGGAAUAAACUAUGUGCUUCUUAAAAUACUAUGCAAAAAACAAAAUGUCCCAAAGGACACAAUGGACCAUGUAAAUGAGGUAUAUGUUAAAGAAGAUAUUUCUGACCAUACCCUUUCUGAAUUGAGCAACGCCCAAGAUUUUCUCAAGGAUAAGGAAAAAAGCAGUGGCACAGAGAAAAACACUACUGAAAAUGAGAGCCAAUCGCUUAUCCCCAGUCCUAGUGUCUCAGAAACUGUACCAAUUGCUUCAGGAGAAUCUGAUAUAGAAAAUCCGGAUAAUAAGGAGAGUCAGAGUAAGUCUGGUCAUGGAGACGGCAAGGAGAAAAUAAAGCAGUCUAGUUCAUCUGAAUGCAGUACCGUUGAUAUUGCUAUCUCUGAAGAAGAAGAAAUGUUCUAUGGAAGUGAAAGAUCAAAGCAUCCUAAAAAUGGUUGUGGACGCGGAUCAUCACUUGGUCAAAACAGUGGAGCAUCCAAGAAAGGAAAAAUCUGGCAGAACAUCAGGAAAACCUGCUGCAAGAUUGUAGAGAACAAUUGGUUUAAGUGUUUUAUUGGCCUUGUUACUCUGCUCAGCGCCGGUACUCUGGCUUUUGAAGAUAUAUAUAUUGAUCAGAGAAAGACAAUUAAAAUUUUAUUAGAAUAUGCUGACAUGAUCUUCACUUACAUCUUCAUUCUGGAAAUGCUUCUAAAAUGGAUGGCAUAUGGUUUUAAAGCCUAUUUCUCUAAUGGCUGGUACAGGCUGGACUUCGUGGUUGUUAUUGUGUUUUGUCUUAGCUUAAUAGGCAAAACUCGGGAAGAACUAAAACCACUUAUUUCCAUGAAAUUCCUUCGGCCCCUCAGAGUUCUAUCUCAAUUUGAAAGAAUGAAGGUGGUUGUGAGAGCUUUGAUCAAAACAACCUUACCUACUUUGAAUGUGUUUCUUGUCUGCCUGAUGAUCUGGCUGAUUUUUAGUAUCAUGGGAGUAGACUUAUUUGCUGGCAGAUUCUAUGAAUGCAUUGACCCAACAAGUGGAGAAAGGUUUCCUUCAUCUGAAGUCAUGAAUAAGAGUCAGUGUGAAAGCCUUCUGUUUAAUGAAUCCAUGCCAUGGGAAAAUGCAAAAAUGAACUUUGAUAAUGUUGGAAAUGGUUUCCUUUCUCUGCUUCAAGUAGCAACAUUUAAUGGAUGGAUCACUAUUAUGAAUUCAGCAAUUGAUUCUGUUGCUGUAAAUAUACAGCCUCAUUUUGAAGUCAACAUCUACAUGUAUUGUUACUUUAUCAACUUUAUUGUAUUUGGAGUAUUUCUCCCUCUGAGUAUGCUGAUUAGUGUUAUUAUUGAUAAUUUCAACAAGCAUAAAAUAAAGCUGGGAGGCUCAAAUAUCUUUAUCACGGUUAAACAGAGAAAACAGUACUGCAGGCUGAAGCAGUUAAUGUAUGAGGACUCUCAAAGACCAGUACCUCGCCCACGAAACAAACUCCAAGGAUUCAUUUUUGACUUGGUAACAAGCCAAGUUUUUAAUGUCAUUGUUAUGGUUCUUAUAUGUUUCCAAGCAAUAGCCAUGAUGAUAGACACUGAAGGUCAGAGUCUAGAAAUGUACAUUGCUCUCUACUGGAUUAACUCAAUUUUUGUUAUGCUGUAUACUAUGGAAUGUAUACUGAAGCUCAUCGCUCUCCGUUGUUUUUAUUUCACCAUUGUGUGGAACAUUUUUGAUUUUAUGGUGGUUAUUUUCUCCAUCACAGGACUAUGUCUGCCUGUGACAGUAGGAUCCUACCUUGUGUCUCCUUCAUUUGUGCAACUGAUACUUCUCUCACGGAUCAUUCACAUGCUGCGUCUUGGAAAAGGACCAAAGGUGUUUCAUAAUCUGAUGCUUCCUUUGAUGUUGUCCCUCCCAGCAUUAUUGAACAUCAUUCUUCUCAUCUUCCUGGUCAUGUUCAUCUAUGCCAUAUUUGGAAUGUACAAUUUUGCCUAUGUUAAAAAAGAAGCUGGAAUUAAUGAUGUGUCUAAUUUUGAAACCUUUGGCAGCAGUAUGCUCUGUCUUUUUCAAGUUGCAAUAUUUGCUGGUUGGGAUGGGAUGCUUGAUGCAAUUUUCAGCAGUAAAUGGUCUGACUGUGAUCCUGAUAAAAUUAACCCUGGGACUCAAGUCAGAGGAGAUUGUGGGAACCCCUCUGUUGGGAUUUUUUAUUUUGUCAGUUAUAUCCUCAUAUCAUGGCUGAUCAUUGUAAAUAUGUAUAUUGUUGUUGUCAUGGAGUUUUUAAAUAUUGCUUCUAAGAAGAAAAACAAGACCUUGAGUGAAGAUGAUUUUAGGAAAUUCUUUCAGGUAUGGAAAAGGUUUGAUCCUGAUAGGACCCAGUACAUAGACUCUACCAAGCUUUCAGAUUUUGCAGCUGCUCUUGAUCCUCCUCUUUUCAUGGCAAAACCAAACAAGGGCCAGCUCAUUGCUUUGGACCUCCCCAUGGCUGUUGGGGAUAGAAUUCAUUGCCUCGAUAUCCUACUUGCUUUUACAAAGAGAGUUAUGGGUCAAGAUGUGAGGAUGGAGAAACUUCUUUCAGAAAUAGAAUCAGGGUUUUUGUUAGCCAACCCUUUUAAGAUCACAUGUGAGCCAAUUACGACUACUUUGAAACGAAAACAAGAGGCAGUUUCAGCAACCAUCAUUCAACGUGCUUAUAAAAAUUACCGCUUGAGGCGAAAUGACAAAAAUACAUCACACAUUCAUAUAAUAGAUGAUGACAGAGAUGUUCACGCUACUAAAGAAGGUGCCUAUUUUGACAAAGCUAAGGAAAAGUCACCUAUUCAAAGCCAGAUCUAAUCCCACUUACCACCUCUUUGCAUAUUUCUUCACAUAUCUGAAAAAUGUUGAAAGCCUAAGCCAGGAAUAAAAGAUCAGAAAAAGUAGAGAUAAUAAUCAAUUCUUUAUAACCCAUGGUAAUUAAGCUUAUAUUCACAAGACUUCAUGCCAAUUCACUUUUUAGCAUUAUAUCUAACAAAUCCAGAGAACCCUUAAUAUUGCUGCAGUGAGUUUAAAGCGGGUUAAAGUGGCCAUUUGACAAUCUCAUGUUUGUUUUCUCUAUAUGGCUUAUAUGAUGUGUGCCUUCUAGGGAAUAAAGGGAAGUGGUGAUAGAGAUCAGCAGCAGCAGCAGGGGCUUUCUUUUAUAUUUUAUGUAUAAUUUAAUGGGCUUCAAGUCACCACUAUUAAGACUUACAAGUAAGCAAAUACUUUCCUGAUGUGGGAUGGUGAAAUGCUACUGGCUAUUAAAUCAUAAACUUGCCUAGACAAAUGCCAAUUGGAAGAAAGGAGAGAGCAGUUUUUUAGAAAGUGCCUUUGAGAUCAGCCUUAGAGAUUCUUGGGCUGAUUAAAGUUGCAUUUGAAAAAGAUUGGUUGAAGCUCUAUGUUUAUUUUUGUAUAUUCUUGUUUCCUUUUCAUUUUGGAACUGGGAAUGAAUAGGAUUUCACUGUGCUCGAGCUCCUGGUUUCUCAUCUCUGGCUAGUUCCACCUAAGCUCUGGCUCUCGAACAGGACAGAUUCAUAAAACAAGAAGCAUAAAGGAGAGUUAUGGCCUAUUGAGGACCGCGCUGGGGGUGGUGAAGAAUGAACAGACACAAGAGACAAAGACAAACAGAGAACAUGGCGGCCACGCGCAGAGCCUCCGCCUCACUUUAUUUAUACUCCAUAAACCUCACGUCAGCAG